CGGCCAUCCUCCCCUUCUCUCCCAGAAAGAACUCUUGUACCUUCUCCUCCUUCUACCAAUAACUACACGAGCCUCCCUUUCUCCAUCCAACCAUGGCUGCUACCAUGGCCCUCUCUUCCCCCUCAUUCGCCGGCAAGGCUGUGAAGCUCUCUCCCUCGGCCUCCGAGAUAAACGGUGAAGGCAGGAUCACCAUGCGCAAGACUGUCCCCAAGCCCAAGCCUGUCGCCGCCGGCAGCCCUUGGUACGGCCCCGACCGCGUCAAGUACUUGGGUCCCUUCUCUGGCGAGCCCCCAUCCUACCUCACCGGCGAAUUCCCCGGCGACUAUGGUUGGGACACCGCCGGCCUCUCCGCCGACCCUGAGACCUUCGCCAAGAACCGUGAGCUCGAGGUCAUCCACUGCCGGUGGGCCAUGCUCGGCGCCCUCGGCUGCGUCUUCCCGGAGCUCCUUGCUCGCAAUGGCGUCAAGUUCGGCGAGGCCGUCUGGUUCAAGGCCGGUGCCCAGAUCUUCAGUGAGGGUGGUCUGGACUAUCUCGGCAACCCCAGCCUGAUCCACGCUCAGAGCAUUCUGGCCAUCUGGGCCUGUCAAGUUAUCCUGAUGGGCGCCGUGGAGGGCUACCGGAUUGCCGGCGGGCCGCUCGGCGAGGUGACCGACCCUCUGUACCCCGGGGGUAGCUUCGACCCUCUGGGCCUGGCCGACGACCCCGAGGCCUUUGCAGAGCUCAAAGUGAAGGAGAUCAAGAACGGCAGGCUGGCCAUGUUCUCGAUGUUCGGGUUCUUCGUGCAGGCCAUCGUCACCGGCAAGGGUCCGUUGGAGAACUUGGCCGACCACUUGGCCGAUCCCGUCAACAACAACGCUUGGGCCUAUGCCACCAACUUUGUCCCCGGCAAGUGAUCAGCUAGAGUUCCUCCUCCCAAGGAGUUUCUGCUUUUAAGGUUGUUGGUAAUCUGCAUUAAUCUGUCGCAAUGGCCAUGUUUGCCUUGAAUUGUUGACGUUUAAUCAUGGUUCAAGCAUUCAUCCGUACUCAACAAAAACUUGUAAGUUGGAUAUGGAAUAGCUGAAUGUGUUGUGUUUGUCUGGCUUC